AACAAAGCAAGCUAAAAACCGCGAAGAGAAGUCGCGGUUUCUUUACAAUAUUAUUAUAAUAAAAUCAGAAAACCCAAAGGCCCUAAACCCUCCUGAUUUCUUGUAUGAGAGUGUAACCUUCGGCCACACAGAGCUACGUCGCUGGCUGCUCACUGCGGAGCCGUCGUUGAAUAGGAAGUGGGAUGGGCAAGCAGAGCAGGAGUAAAGAGGAAGGAGGAAAUAUGACGAAGAAGAAGACUACCAACACCCCUCACAAGCAACUUCCUCCUCCUGAGUCUGAUUCUGAUUCAGAUUCCGCUUCUGAAUACCACGACGAGGACGAGGAAUUCUCGGAGGAUGAUGGCUCUGAAGACUUUGAAUCAUUGAGGCACUCAGAAACUGAGGACAGUGCAUCAUCUGGAGAUGAGGAGGGCAUUGUUGAUGAAGGCAUGCCCAGUGAUCACAGCAGCGACGAGGAGGAGGAAAGUGAAACCUCUCAACAACAACAACUUGAUGAAGGUGUUGAGGAGAGUGAUUCAUCCGAUGACGAGGUGCAUGAUCGAAAUACUGUUGGAUAUGUUGUUCCCUUGAAGUGGUAUGAGAAUGAGAAACAUAUUGGUUAUGACAUUAAAGGGAGGAAAAUAAAAAAGAAAGAAAAAGAUGAUAAGUUGCAAUCCUUUCUUGCAAGGACUGAUGACUCCAAAACGCUCAGAAUCAGUGAUGAGUAUAAUGAUGAGGAGGUAGAACUAACAAAGGGAGAGACCAAGUUUAUUCGAAGAUUGCUCAAAGGAAAAGCACCGCAUCCUGAUUUUGAUCCAUAUGCGCCUUCUGUUGAUUUUUUUAAAUGGGACGGUGCCAAACAUCCACUUUCAAAUGCACCAGAACCCAAGAGACGUUUUAUUCCUUCGAAUUGGGAUAAGAAAAUGGUUGUUCGGAUUGUCCGAGCUAUUCGUAAAGGGUUAUAUCAUUUUGAGGAGCCUAAAAAAGAACCACCUGUUCGUCCCUUGUGGGUCGAUGAAUCCAGCUCAACUGAAAAGUCUCGGCAUUUAGCUAAUAUUCCUGCGCCCAAGCUGAAAUUGCCAGGCCAUGAGGAAUCUUACAAUCCCUCUUUGGAAUACAUCCCAACGCAAGAAGAGAUUGAUGCUUAUCAAUCAAUGUAUGAAGAAGACCGUCCCAAGUAUAUACCUAAAAGAUUCCCAUCUAUGAGAAGCAUUCCUGCAUAUGAGAAUGCUGUUAAAGAGUUGUUUGAGCGGUGUUUGGAUCUAUUAAUGUGCCCUAGAAAAUGGAAUAAUCGAAUAGAUAUUAAACCAGAAUCCCUGAAACCCAAGCUACCAAGUAAAAAGGAUCUUAAGCCUUAUCCUAUGACAUGUUAUCUUGAGUAUAGAGGCCAUACAGAUGCAGUGAUGUCGGUUUCUGUUGAUGCUUCAGGGCAGUGGAUUGCUUCAGGUUCAAGGGAUGGAACUGUACGUAUUUGGGAGGUUGAAACUGGUAGAUGUCUUAGAGUCUGGGAGGUUGAUGAAGCUGUCAAAUGCGUGGCAUGGAAUCCUGUUCGGGAGCUUCCUGUAUUGGCUGUGUCUGUGGAACAAGAUAUACUCAUCUUGAACACUGGUUUUGGAAAUGAAGAAGAGCAGGAAAGAGCAAAGGAACUUCUCCUGGUCAAAGCACCUAUAUCACUUGAUGACUCUGGCAACACAGCAUCCAUUGUAAGCUGGCUUCAUGAUGAUAAACAUGGGGGAAUCAGAUUGAGGCAUUUUAAGACUGUAUCUUCAAUUGAAUGGCAUCGCAAAGGAGACUAUCUUUCUGCAGUAAUGCCAGCAGGUGAAUCAAGAGCAAUUUUAAUACACCAGGUUUCUAAGAAGCAAAGCCAAAGGAUUCCAUUCAAGUUGCAUGGCCUUCCAGUUUCUUCAGUUUUCCAUCCUACUCGUUCCAUCUUCUUCAUUUCUACAAAGAAAAAUGUUCGUGUUUAUGAUCUGGUGAAGCAGAAGCUCAUUAAAAAGCUUGAGACUGGACUACGUGAAGUCUCUUCCAUUGCAGUUCAUCCUGCUGGUGAUAAUGUAAUUGUGGGGAGUAGAGAAGGAAAAUUAUGUUGGUUUGAUAUGGAUCUUUCGUCUCAACCUUACAGAACUCUGAAGUGCCAUCCUAAAGACAUCACGAGUUUAGCCUUCCAUCGUUCAUACCCAAUCUUUGCAUCUGGCUCUGAUGAUUGUACUGCUUAUGUUUUUCAUGGCAUGGUUUAUUCGGAUCUCAACCAGAACCCUCUUAUUGUUCCUUUACAAAUUCUUCGUGGACAUAGAAGCUCAAAUGGGAGAGGUGUACUGGACUGCAAGUUCCAUCCAAGGCAGCCGUGGUUGUUUACUGCUGGUGCUGAUUCGGUGAUUAAACUUUAUUGCCAUUAAGAAGAUGACAAGCAGAGCCACCAUUAUGAAUUAAUAAUUACUCCGGAAUGCAUGAUUGGAAGUGAUCAACCGCAGCACCUAAGAAAAGAGUUACCUAUAUAGAAUAUACGAGGCUAACUUCUUGAGUAUUAUUUCAGGAGGUGGCGCUAAAUUUUGUCAAAUGUAUUUGUUUAAUUGUUGGAGCAGAGCGAUAGCUUUUGUUUGUGUUUAGUGACCUUACCUUAUGAAUGCUUUUGUUUGUGUUUAGUGACCGUACCUUAAAUUUAUUAUUUGGAAUGCGCAUAAAUCCAAUUUUAUC